AUGUCGGUCGUGGUGCCGGUCCGUUCCGGAGCCUCGUGCUGCUGUGAGGCUCGUGCUGUGAUUGGUUCCGCAGCAGCCAAUGAGCGCGCGACUCUGCGUCUGUGCGGGAUCGGGAACACGCUCCAAGCCUCGCCCGGGACAUUUUGUGCAGAAGAGGAUCUGAGGUUUUUGCCCUGCGCAUCAGCGGCUUCAGGCUCUGACAUGUUCUCCGUGUUCUGGGAGAUGAUUCCUCGCUAUUUGCUGCGUGAGGACGCCUGCGGGUUGAGUUAG